AUGGAACCCUCUAUUGAUGCCCCCCCUUCCCAAACAACACCCGCUGCCCAAGCUGGACCUGCUGUCCAAGCUGAACCUGUUCCCACUCCAACAAAUGCUGAGGCACUUCCACCUAGACCUAGUGAUAAAACCAAAGUGAGUGAGAUAGCUGUUGAUUGUGGUAAUAAUAGGAAAAAGUCUAGUGCCUGGGAUCAUUUUGAAAAAAUAAAAAUGAGUGAGGGUCAAUUUAAGGCUGUUUGCCAUUAUUGCCAAAAAACUUACCGUGCUAAUAGUAAGGGUCAUGGUACUACUAAUUUAUUGAAUCAUACACCAAACUGUGUUAAGAACCCUAAUAGAGCUUCACUUAAAGGGCAACAAACCUUAGCAUUUGAACCCAAAAUGAAUGGGGAGGAAGGGUUUAAGCUUGUACCAACAGCCUUUACUGUUGAGGCUUCUAGGAAGGCACUCGCAGAAAUGAUUAUAAUAGACGAGUUGCCUUUUAGGUUUGUUGAAGGGUAUGGGUUUCAAAAAUAUUCAACAACCUUACAACCUAAGUUGCAAAUUAGGGAUAUCCCAUCUCGUCAAACUGUGGCUAGAGAUGUGAUUAGCAUUUAUGGUCAUUUUAUUGAUGAUGAUUGGAACUUGCAUAAAAGAAUUUUGAAUUUUUGUCAAGUGGAAGACCAUAGGGGGGAGACUAUAGGUAGAAAGAUUGAGAUGUGUCUCCGUGAGUGGGGUGUUGAUGGCAUAUUCACCUUGACAGUGGAUAAUGCUUCCUCUAAUGGUGCUACCAUUAAAUUUUUACAAACAGUAACUAAAGAUUGGAAAGGGACUAUUUUAGAACAUGAGUUCUUGCACAUGAGGUGUUGUGCACAUAUCUUAAAUCUGAUUGUGGGAGAUGGUAUGAAAGAAAUUGAUCCGUCCAUUGCUAGGGUGCGUGAAGCAGUGAGGUGGAACUCUACCUAUCUCAUGUUAGAUACUGCUGAAAAAUUUGAGAAAGUGUUCCUAAGAAUGGACUUUGAGGAUGAUAGCUAUUCUUCAUACUUUUUGAACAAGGAAAAUAGUGGUGGUUUGGGAUCUCCUUGUGGGGUUGAUUUUCAAAAUUGUAGGACAUUUGUGAGUUUCUUGAAACUUUUUUACAAUGCAACUAAAAAGUUCUCCGGUUCUUUGUAUGUGACUUCAAAUACCUUCUUUGAUGAGAUGUUUGUGAUUCAAGAAAAUAUUGCUCAUUUAAUUAAAUCUCAAAAUCAUCUCUUGAAAAACAUGGCAACUAAAAUGGAAGCUAAGUUUGAAAAGUAUUGGGGGAAAGGGGAUAAAAUUAAUAAGCUUUUAUAUGUGGGUGUGGUGCUUGAUCCAAGGAAGAAAAUGAGGUUUUUGAAGUUUUCUUUUUUUGAAAUUUAUGGGGAUGAAGUGGCUAAUGAGAUGGUUGACUUGGUGGGGAGUUUUAUGGCUAGGUUGUAUGAUGAUUACUCUAGGGUUGAUUCACCAAAUGUGGUGCUACCAAGUGAGAAUGAGAGGACACACAUGGAAGGUGAUACAGUUGGUUGUAGUGAUCCGUAUGCAAUGGUUAAUUCACGAUAUGAGCGGUUUUUAGAGGUUGAGAAGUCUAUAGGGUGUAGCAAUGAGAUGGAAAAAUACUUGGCUGAAAAUUGUGAGAGUAGAAGGGAUGUGAAAUUUGAGAUUUUGGGAUGGUGGAAAGCCAAUUCAGAUAGGUACCCAGUGCUGUCCAAAAUGGCUAGGGAUGUGCUGGCUGUACCUGUUUCUACGGUUGCUUCUGAAUCGGCUUUUAGUACCGGAGGGCGUAUACUUGAUCCAUUUCGAAGUUCACUCUCCCCUCUCAUGGUUCAAAAUCUUAUUUGUGCUCAAAACUGGCUGCAAGCCCAUGUCCCAAUUUCUUUUCGCAAGUCAAAGGACGAGAUGGAGGCCUUGGAGGAUGAAUUUCAUGAAUUAGGUAAUAUGUUUAACUUCCAAUCUUCUUGUUUACUAAGUGUUAUUAAAUGUGUCAUAUACUUGAGCAAAAUUUAA